AUAUUCAUCAGAGCAACGACGGCAAGCGCGGAGGGAGAGGUGUCCCGGUGCACUUGUCGGCACUUUUAGCGUUCUAGCGUGAGCAGCGUAAUAUCCAGUCAUAAUUCCUGCCAGCGCGAGUUUCGGGAGCGACUCGCUGUAUACGUGCCUUGGAAAAUUCAUCUGAUCGCUGAUGCGCAUCUUUCACCGAAAAUCAUCAUCAGCAUCGCGGCCUCGCUGCUGCUGGAUAAUCCGAUCGCGAGUGACCCCCGCCUAAAUACUACAAGUGCGAGAAGGAUACCAGCGCCAUAGCGCUCCCACGACGACGUCGACUACGUGCGAGAGAGGCAUAUAGUAAGCUGUCGAGGAUCGCCGCCGCAGCAGUAGCCGGACACACUAAGGACGCAGCAAAAUGCAAGCGAUCAAGUGCGUCGUCGUGGGCGAUGGUGCUGUAGGUAAAACUUGUUUGUUGAUCAGCUACACCACCAAUGCAUUCCCUGGAGAGUAUAUACCAACAGUCUUUGACAAUUAUUCUGCUAAUGUGAUGGUCGAUGGUAAACCUAUCAAUCUUGGUCUGUGGGAUACAGCUGGACAAGAAGACUACGAUAGACUGAGACCACUGUCCUAUCCACAGACUGACGUAUUUCUUAUUUGUUUCUCACUGGUCAAUCCAGCAAGUUUUGAGAACGUCAGGGCAAAAUGGUAUCCAGAAGUACGCCAUCACUGUCCAGCAACACCCAUUAUCCUCGUUGGGACUAAACUUGAUUUGCGCGAGGACAAGGAAACUAUCGAGCGAUUAAAAGAUAAGAAGCUUGCCCCAAUUACUUAUCCUCAGGGUUUGACCAUGGCAAAGGAAAUUGGAGCAGUGAAGUAUCUAGAAUGUUCUGCCUUAACGCAAAAGGGACUAAAAACGGUGUUCGACGAGGCGAUCCGUGCAGUUCUUUGUCCCGUUCUGCAAGUGAAGCCGAAGCGCAAGUGUUGCCUGCUAUAAUAUUAAAUGUUGUUUAUCAUCGGCGCGCAACGCCACAGACGAAAUGCGGCGCCAUUCCUUCUCUCCAUCUAUCAGUCCCUUGAAAGUACUGAGGCAAACCACGCUGUUAAUUAACCGUCAAGCCGCACAAAAUAACGUCAAGAACCGUUCAAAAAAAGUGUAUGUGUGUGUGUGCGUGUGUGUGUAUACACACACACAUAUAUGUAUAUGACAAAGAAAAGAAAGAUAUAUUUCUGGCCGAGCGAACUAAUAAAGUAAAUUCAUAAAAGUACGUCGAGGGGGAGGAAAGAGAGAAGAGACUUCUAUGCCGGUAGCUUCAAUAUUUCCAGUGGUCGCGCGACAAAGGUAAAGGGUUUUAAAGCAAAUUAACGCUAUUCGUUUCCGUUUACUAUUGAAAGUUUGUACCUUUUUAAUAGAGGAACGAUCGAUUGUAGACAGAAACUAUGAGAAAACAAAAAAGAUAACAGAGCGUCAAGAUAUGAAAGCGAUUGUGUACAGUAUACUAGAGUAUAUUAAUAAUUAUUAUUAAUGAAUAUCUAUGAACGGUAAAAAAAAAAUAUAUAUAUAUAUUACACAUUCACGCUCUAAAAUAGACGACUAUGUAAGUUGACUGUGUAAUUUCUAGGCUAGUUAAGGCGCGCACGUGAACAAACCAACAAAAAUUCAAGGGAGCAUGAGUUAUACAUGCGCGUACAUGUGACACUCGUUGCUCCUUCUCUUUCUCUCUGCUCUUGUCAUAUCAUUUAAUCACUGCUCUGAUACAACGUCUGUGAUUCAUCCACGCACAAAACGAAUAAAUAAAAAUAAAAUCAAUUGUGAAAGAGCAGAAACUUUCGGAACAGCCUAGCUGGAGCGAAUACGUGUUUGUUUAAAAAAAAUUACAGAAAGAAAAUUAAGGUCGUAAAAAAUAAUGAAAUAAAUAAAAAGAAAAUAAUACAAAAAAAUUAACAAUGUUAAAAUAAUUUUUGAACGGUUGUAUGAAUGAAACCGUGAGAGGAGCGUGAACGCUAUCGUGAGAAUCAAAUGGUGUGAGGAACAACUAGAUGCGAUGCAAUACCUGAUUAUUAAUUGUAAAUAAUUGCUGGAGUUCAAAUCUUGAUCCUACCUUGCUAUUGGCUAUAUCUUUAUGAAGCUGCUAAACUAAUCGAAUCUAAAACGUUAAUUGUUUUUUUAUAUAUAUUUGAAUAAACAUUCAUCAAAAAUAAAGUAUAUAUAAAAGUCGAGACUGGAUUGCAAAAUGUUUGAUGUAAUGUGUAGUUUACACAAAUGUCUCUCUUGAUAUGUACGUGUAAUUCAACUUUAAUACACGUUUUUAGCGGUAACGCGCGUGAAACGAUAAUCGUUUUCGCCCAUACCGUAACUGUAACAAAAAAAAAAAGAAAAUGGAAAAUCCAUCGAUAUUGUAUAACUGAAUUUUCUUUAUUUAAUGGGUGUUUACUAAACUCGAGUGAUUCUUUGAGUCAACUAUCUUGCAUGUCACACGCUCUGAAUAAAUCAUAAGUCAAACCACACCUCUGUAAGUUGUCUUUUGUAAAUUUGAUAAAUUCUUUUUAAUUGCGAAAUUUUCAAUAAUCUAGAAAUAUUAAUGUUGAUUUACAAACUUUUUAUACGUUUACAUGUGUUAUAAAAAAAAAAUCAAAAAAAGAAGUAAACAAUCAUUGGGUCGCAGCGAAAAUUUCAUCGUUUUCUCAAAUAACUAGUUUUAAAUUAUUAUGUUAUUGCCUCCAAGCAAAUGUUUUAUAUAAUUUUAUAGCAAUUACCCAAAUAAAUAAAGAU